AUGGCAACGGUGCAAAUCCUAGACGGUGGUCUUGGAACCUCUCUCCAAGAUCAAUAUGGUGUGAGCUUUGACAGCACCACGACACCCCUUUGGUCAACCCACUUGCUCGUCUCUGAUCCCACCACGCUGCAUGCUUGCCAGAAGGACUUUGGCAACGCGGGGGUAGACGUGCUUCUCACAGCUACAUACCAAGUUUCACCCAAGGGCUUUGCCCGUACAAAGACCUCAGAGUACCCUAAUGGUAUUCCGAAGAAUGCUAUUGGGCAAUAUCUGCAAACUGCAGUGGACGUCGCCGAGCGAGCGAAGGUCCGUGAUAGUACGAAAAUCGCACUGAGUCUGGGUCCGUAUGGUGCGUGCAUGAUUCCAGGACAGGAGUACAGUGGUGCAUAUGAUGCCGAGCAUGAUAACGAGGAGGCGCUGUAUCGCUGGCACCUUGAUCGACUGCGUCUCUUCCUCGAGGCGGAGGGAGACUUGAUUUCGCGUAUGCAGUAUGUUGCCUUCGAGACUCUGCCUCGGCUUGACGAGAUUCGCGCUGUGAGGAGGGCUAUCCACGACUCGGGGAUUACGGUCCCGUUUUGGAUUGCUUGUGUCUUCCCUCGUGAGGACGAUCUUCUGCCGGAUGGAAGCUCGAUUGAACAGGUUGUCAAUGCUGCCAUCGCCCCUGUCGAUGGUGGGUGCGUGCCGUGGGGAAUUGGAAUCAACUGCACGAAGCUUCAUAAGCUUUCGGGGUUGCUGGAGAGCUUUGGAAAUUGUGUUUCUGCGGCAAUCGCUGCUGGCGAUAUCUCUGCUAUGCCGAGUUUUGUUCUGUAUCCCGAUGGAACAAAUGGAGAGGUCUACAAUACGACAACACAAGUCUGGGAGAAACCCGCCGAUUUUAAUGCAAACGGCGAUCGAGACACCCGUUCUUGGGAGGUCCAACUUGCGCAGGUGGUAAAUGAUGCUAGCACCAAGGGCCCGUUUCAAAAUUUCCUCGUGGGUGGUUGCUGCAAGGCUUCUCAUCAGGAUAUCAAGAAGCUACGUGAGGAAUUCCAAGACUAA